GGGCACCUUCUGGUCCCGUCAGGGAAGUGCUGGAUGAGGGAUGGUCUGGCAGGGGCCCGGGGGGUGCCGAAAACAGGUAGGGGUUAAGAGACUUGUAUACUUGAAAAACAUAAGAGUUUUCUAAAUCCCUUCUUAAAUGGGUGGCACAUGCUGGUUGUUACAGUUCCAGUGCUACUGAAGGACUUCAGAGAAGAAUGUGGAAGUUCCUCUUGCCCCUACAGCCCACUCCCCACCAAUCCCUUGUCCUGAGAGAGCUCUCUGUGCAUGAAGCAUGCAUGUGUAUGCACAAGCACGUGAGGCUCUGUGUCUAGUUUGGGUUUUCCAAAAAUGGCUUCAUGCUAGACUUUUCUACUGUUUGCUUUCUUUCACUUAACCAUUUGUCUUGGAGAUCACUCUCUGUCAGCACAAGAAGAUCCGUCCACUUCUCUUUUUUGAGGGCUGCAGAGUGUUCUGUUUUAUGAAUGCAUGAAUACUCUUAUACACGGACACCUUGGCACACCUGUCUUGAGGAUCUUGGCAGGAUCAAUUCUUAGAAGGAAAUUGCUGGAGGGACAUGCUCAUUUUCACUUUUGCACGUGGGCUCAAAUGUCCCUCUAGAAAGGCCAUACCAGUCAGAGUCCUAGCAGCAGAGAGUGAGAGUGCGCUCUUUUCCACAGCCCUGCCGGUAUUGUAUGGAACAGCCUUUCAAGUUUUUGUUAGUCUCAUGAAAAACAUGACAGUGUUUUAACAUCCACAUUUCUUUGAAUAGUGCAGAGGUUGAAGACAGGUUGCAAGCUUUUUAAAAAACUGUGCAAGAAAUAUUCAUGAUAGGUGUGGGACGCCACAAAUUCCGUUUGGAGGCAUCUUUGAGCUCACGGAGUAGACACCGUGAGCAAAGCUCACCCUCCGGAGUUGAAAAAAUUUAUGGACAAGAAAUUGUCAUUGAAAUUAAAUGGUGGCAGACAUGUCCAAGGAAUAUUGCGGGGGUUCGAUCCGUUUAUGAAUCUUGUGAUAGAUGAGUGUGUGGAGAUGGCAACUAGUGGGCAACAGAACAAUACUGGAAUGGUGGUAAUACGAGGAAAUAGUAUCAUCAUGUUAGAAGCCUUGGAGCGAGUAUAAACAAUGGGUGUGUUCAUCAGAAGAAAUCAACUGCUUCCACAUGUCCCCUCCAUAGUACCUGUUUUACUACAAUAUAAAAAUCAGGUCGUGUGCAUUUUCAUAUUGAACUUUUUUGUUAAAUAAACUUUUAUAACAGUCAAAGAAAAAGAAAUAUUCAUGAUAGAAAACUUUUUUUUUUAAGAUUUUAUUUAUUUAUUUGACAGAGAGAGACAGCAAGAGAGGGAAC